AUGGUAAUCGACCGACAAUCUGCGAACAAUGACUCGUGCCAACAUACCGAAACAUUAAGCAAUGGCAAACUGGAAUACUGGAUAAGCGGAACACUAUAUAAAGGAACACCAGCCGCUUCUACCUCACCUCUUCUUGAGAAGGAGAACCACCAUCUCCUCCGUCGAUCACCUUCACCUGCCGUCCUCGUCUGCUGCCGUCUGCCGUCCCAUCUACCAUACCCCCCCAACUAUAUUCCCCCUGCAUUAUCUUUACCUGUAUCACCCUUCCCUAUAUUGACUUAUAUUACUUAUAUUUUGCAUCCGAAUAAAUAUCUACCACUGAACCGUCUAGCCAUACCGAUUAUUCGUCGAAAGAAAAAGUCUCCCGUCAUCCUCGACGUCCCGAUACCCUCAUCUCCUUUCCCUCUCUUCCAUGUCCCAAACCUCCUGUUAGCCAAAAUUAUCAACCUAAUAGAGCCGAAAACAUUAGUAUCUCUCUCUUUGUGCUCUCAGAAAAGUCACUCCGUUAUUAAAACUCAACGAAAAUUGCCUAUUGUCGGGCGUUUGCUUGUUGCGGGAGAUGAUAAAGAGUUAUUAUUUCGUAGAUUUGGAAGACGCAAUUGUGUGUUGAGUGCACAUAAGUUUGUAUCAAUUUUCAAUAUCGAUUAUGAAGGCAUGGAAUCUGUGAAAAUGGGUGGACAACAAGUACGAAUCGAAAUGCAACGUUUGGAUGGAUAUCUAUUUUCAUACUGGGAUAAUGCAGCGGAAGGAUUGGAAAUCAUCACUGAUUAUGUUACCAAUCUAUUCAAUAUUGAUGUAUCAGAAGUCUGGGCUUCAAAAAAAUCCUUCCACAUAAUUGAACAUGUGAACAGUAGACAAAAGACACCAUUGAAAAAAAUUAGAAAAAAAAAUCCACUCUAUUUAUUACUCUCCCACGUCUUCUUUUUGUGGGAUGGAUAUGAUGUACAACGUGCGUCCGUCUAG